AUGCGCCGGACCUCCUCGCACCGCCUGCUGCAGUUCUCGCAAGAGCUCAAGGCCACCGCCAGCCGCGCCAAGCAGUUCUCGCAGGACCUCACCAAGCGCUUCACGCGCACCCAGAGCCGCGCCAACCUCGCGGCGGCGGGGAGAUGCCGUCCUCGGGCAUCGACGCCGCGCUCGAGGCCCCGCGCACAGCGCCGCCGCCGCGCGCAGCUCGACCGCACCAAGUCCGGCGCGCAGCUGCGAUCCGCGGACUCCGCUUCAUCAGCGGCGGCAACAAGGCCAGCAACGCCUGGAUCGAGGGUGGAUAAGAACGCAGAUGGCCAUAUCACGGAGGCCGAGGUGAAAGAGAUCAUUAUGCUGAGUGCUUCUGCUAAUAAAUUGUCGAGGCUUAAGGAGCAAGCUGAGGAGUAUGCAGCCUUGAUCAUGGAGGAAAUUGAUCCUGAAGGGCUUGGUUACAUUGAGACUAUUGCAGCAACAAUUGUGGUUGGUGUUGUUCUUCAUGCAGGAACCACCUUGUAUGUGAUUUUCCACGGCUCAUCGUUCAUCAGAGAUGAAACAUGGAUGUACCUUGCUGUUCCUGUUGGUCUGUGGCUAUAUAUCCUGGCAUCCUUUCUCAAUUACUUGGCACCUGGGGAUGACUAUUUAAGCAUUCAUGUUCGACAACUUGGUGACUGGACACGUGAGCUCAAAUGCGGGUAUUCUCAGCAGCUUGUGAGCCACGGAAUUGGUGCCACACCUUUUAUUAGCAUACUGAAAGACCUGCUCAAUAACAUCAUCAAAAAUGGAGGAAGAGAAGAAGCUUCAAGCGAUCUUUACCCACCAAUUGGUCGCAGCAAGGCACAUGUUGAUCUUGACACCCUUAUGAGGAUUACCUCAAAACCAAAGAGGUACUGA